ACAUCAGCUGAAGUCAAUGGUCUGCACCGAUAUCCAAACUAUUUAUUAGUGUUCUGGCGACGUCUCUGCAAUAUGCUCAACACCAAAGACUUGCACAGGAUUUUCCAAAAGCUUGACAAAAAUGGCGACGGUCUCUUGAGUCUGGAGGAGCUUAAUUGGCUUCUGGAAGGAAUCGGGGUCAAUUUCAGCCUGAAGGAGCUGGAGUAUUCGGUGGGAAAAACGAGCCUCAACUUCGAUGAAUUCUUGUUAUUCUACGACUCCAUAACUAAGCAAAACGACGACAAGAAUGAAAUAUUAGAGGAGAAAGAUGAAGAACAGGACCUAGCUAAAGCAUUCAACGUGUUCGAUCUUAAUGGGGAUGGCUUCAUUUCUUGCGAGGAACUUCAAAGCGUAUUGGCGAGGCUGGGUUUGUGGGAUGAGACGAGUGGCAAAGAUUGUAGGAGUAUGAUUUACGUGUACGAUACAAACUUGGACGGAGUCCUUGAUUUUCAAGAAUUCAAGAACAUGAUGUUGCAUGCUAAUUAACCAUCCAGCUCCUGCUUAAUCUUCAUUUUUAGUUGUGCAUGGCUGAGUUUUCUUGUCAAUUUCUCUGUUUCUGAGCUGUGUCUAUAAAUUUGAGUGUCUGUGUGUCCAUUUACAGAGCAGUCUCCAUGCAUCAUCUCACAGCAAGUUCAUGCAAGUCUGAAUGAAUGUCAUCCAUCAUAUGUAUAUCUCCGGAAUCUUGAAAUGAAAUUGGCUUGAUUAAUGGUAA